AUGUUGCUCUCCAAGUUCGGCUCGCUGGCUCACAUCUGCAGCCCCACCAGCAUGGACCACUUGCCGGUGAAGAUCCUCCAGCCAGUGAAAGUGGAGAAGGAGCCAUUCGACAAAGUGUACCAGGUGGGCUCUGUACUUGGCAGCGGGGGCUUCGGCACCGUCUACGCGGGGAACAGGAUCGCCGACGGCUUGCCGGUCGCUGUGAAGCAUGUGGUGAAGGAGAGGGUGACCGAGUGGGGCACGAUUAGCGGCGUCAUGGUGCCACUGGAGAUCGUCCUCCUGAAGAAGGUGGGGUCCGGCUUCAGAGGGGUCAUCAAGCUGCUGGACUGGUAUGAGCGGCCUGACGGCUACUUGAUAAUCAUGGAGCGGCCCGAACUGGUGAAGGACCUCUUCGACUUCAUCACAGAGAAGGGUGCCCUGGACGAGGAGACAGCCCGCGGGUUCUUCCGGCAGGUGCUGGAAGCAGUGCGCCACUGCUACGGCUGCGGUGUGGUGCACCGGGACAUCAAGGAUGAGAAUCUGCUGGUUGACCUCAGGACAGGAGAGCUGAAGCUGAUUGACUUUGGCUCAGGGGCCCUCCUCAAGGACACGGUGUAUACCGAUUUCGACGGAACGAGAGUAUACAGCCCUCCGGAGUGGAUCAGAUACCACAGAUACCAUGGGAGGUCAGCUACAGUAUGGUCUCUGGGAGUUCUGCUGUAUGAUAUGGUUUGCGGAGACAUCCCUUUUGAGCAAGAUGAAGAAAUCUUGAGGGGACGAUUAUACUUCAGGAGAAGAAUUUCACCUGAAUGUCAACAACUGAUCAAAUGGUGCCUUUCACUGAGGCCUUCAGACAGACCAACACUUGAGCAAAUUUUUGACCAUCAAUGGAUGCACAAAUCUGAAGUAGUGAAGUCUGAGGACUGUGACAUAAGGCUACGGACCCUUGAUACUGAUGUAUCUAGCACAAGUUCAAGUAAUGAGAGUCUGUGAAUUACUAAGGACCUCGCACUGGGAGGGGAGCUACAAGCAGAGACCACAGUGCUGCUGCCAAUACUUAGGAGGGGCUAGAAAAAUGCAUUCAUUAUUCUGUAGUUGAAUCUUUGUCUGAGGGACUUGAUUUUAUUUUCCCCCUUUGCUGGUUUCUGCUUUGGAAUGAGAGAUUUCCUUUGGAAAUGCUGAUGUUUGGGAGUUGCAGGCCAGUACUUAGUCAAUGACUGACCUUAUUAAGAAAGCAGUGACCUCUUGAAUACAUGGUAAACUUUUUUGCUCUCAUAGAGCCUGGACUAGAUUUUAUUUGCUUUUGAGUGCCUUUUUGAAAGCUGCUUCAGUGGGACUUUGUUUUUUGAGCUGUGUAUGUCCAAAGAAGAUCCAGUUCAUUAUAGGAAUUUGCUUCCUUUAGACUCAGUACUGGGGGAAGCAGCUCCUAUGAUGCAUUGGAAAACAUGUUCGGUGAUUGAAUGAAGUAGUCCCAUCCACUGGUGAUGGAAUACUUGAACACAGACAUUUCACUCCUGCCCCCCAGCCCUUUCCAAAUCCAACCCACCUCUGCUGCUUGAAAUGUUUCCUAUAGCCUGCACAGAAAAACA